AUGUUAUUUAUUUUAAAAUUAUUAUUUUUAUUAUGUAUUAUUAUUAUAAAAAUUAAUGGAGAAUUAUCAAAUUAUUAUCAAUAUGAAAUUGAUAAAAAAAUAAAUGAUAGAAUUAAUAAUGGUAGAGAAAGUUUAGAAUCAAUUAAAAAGAAUUCAAUAUCAAAUAGAUGUUUGGAGGAAUGUAUGGAAAUAUUAUCAAAUGGUUGUAAGGAUAUGGAUGAUUUAUCAAAGAGUAGAUUAGCAGUUAAAUUAACCAAUUGUCAUUUGGCAAAGAGUGGUCACAAACAGUAUCCAUGUAGAUUUGAUAUGUCAAUACAAGAUUGUACAUCUAAAAUGGAUCAAAUGGCAUUCUCAACCUAUACAAAUUUUUAUAUAUCCACAGAAAAUAUUUGUUAUUAUCUAUCACAGGAACUAUUUCAACAACGUACAGAACAAUCAAUUAAUAAUCUUGUUACAAGUACACAUAAAACUCAAACUGUGAUUAAUAUAUUACAUUCAAAAGCAGAUGACAUCAAUGAACAAGUUGACCUAUCAUUAAGCAAUCAAAAAAAGUUAUUACAAAAUCAAAAACAAUUAAUCGACGAUUUAGAUAAUAGUGCCAACACAAUCAAUGACAUUGGUAAGAAAUCCAUUGAAAUCGAACAAUCCAUAACUAAACAAUCAAGACAACAACAACAAUUAAUCGAUUCACAUGAUCAACUUUCAAAACAAUAUCAUGAUCAAUCUAAACAAUCAUUGGAAUUAAUUAAUGAAAUUAAACAAUCAUCAGAAACAAUGAAUCAACAACAAAAACAAUCAUUAGAAAAUCAAAAUCAUUUAAUUCAAUUACAAUCUCAAUCCAUUCAAUUCAUUGAAACCAUUGAAACCAUCACUGAUACUUCAUUAUCAAAAUUGAAACAAGUAAUAACCUUUCAAGACCAAUUAUUAGAUGGUAAUAAAAUUAUUAUUACAAUCUUAAAUCAAUUAAAUUUACUUCAAAAUUGGAUUUUAUCUGAAGUUAUUGAUUUUAAAUCAAUUUAUUUUUAUAUUUCAAUUUUUUUAAUUAUAUAUUUAAUAUCAUCAACAAAAAGAACCAAAUCAACAAGAGUACCAUUAUUAAUUGGAUUAAUUAUUGAUAUUUUUGUUGAAAGAUCAAUUUGUUCAACAGUUUUAUCAUCUCCAUCAACAACAACAUCAACAUUAUUUAAUUUAUUAUCAAUUUUAUUCAAUAUUCCAAUAAUUAAGUUUAUAAGGGAAAAUUAUUUAUUAUUUACAAAUACAACAACAUCAACAACAACAUCAACAACAACAACAACAGAAUUCACAAAUAUUUUUUCAAAUAUUGAUCAAAGUAUACCAACAUCAAGAGAAAAUAUUUAUUUAAUGAUUAAUAAUAUUAGAAUAAUUUUUAUAGUUUAUUCGUUGGUUAUAUUAUUUUCAUCAUUUUGGUUUUAUAAAGAUUAUGAAAAAGACAACCACCAAAUGUUGGUUACAAUUUUAAAAACAGUAAAAAAGAGUGAAAAAAAGUAUAGCAAUUUAAAGAAUCUACUUUACGAAAAAGGUUUGCUCGACAAAAAUGAUAAAAGAUUAAAAGAUCAUUCUUCUGUUGAAAUUACUAAAUUAAUUGACUCUGUUGAUGAUAAUAAUUAA